UGCAGCAGUCACUCUUGUCUUGGCUUCAGCAUUUAUUUCACUCAACAAUAACAACAACAAAAAAAGAACAUGGACCAGAAGAUGGAUGCUGAGAAGGAAACUAGGGUGUUACAGCCAGUUACUCAAGGAGCUGGCUGAUGAAGAUCCUCCUAGUUACAAAAACUGGUUAAGAAUGGAUCAGCACAACUUCAACAUCCUGCUCAGCCUAGUGGAGCCUACAUUAAGAAGACAAGACACUGUAAUGAGGGAGGCGAUACCUGCAGGGGAGAGACUGGCCAUAACUCUGCGAUACCUGGCCACAGGGCACAGCUUCUCCUCACUGGAGUACGUUUUCCGGGUGAGCAGACACAGCAUCUCAAAGAUCAUCAUUGAGACCUGUGAAGCUCUGUAUAAUGCAUUGCAACCAAACUACCUGAGAACACCAUCCACAGAGGAAGAAUGGAGACAUAUCGCCAAAAGAUUUGAGGAACGAUGGAACUUCCCCCACUGCAUCGGUGCCUUAGAUGGGAAGCAUAUCAGCAUACAGCCUCCACCAAAUUCAGGAUCCCACUAUUACAAUUACAAAGGCUUUAAUUCAAUUGUUUUGAUGGCCCUAGCAGAUGCAGACCUGAAAUUUAUAUAUAUAGAUGUAGGAACAAAUGGCCGGAUUAGUGAUGGGGGGGUUUGGGCCAAGUGUGGGCUGAGUCAGGCACUGGAGGAAAACACACUAAGAAGACCACCACCAACAGGACUGCCUGGGCGUCAACUCCCUGUGCCUUAUGCAGUUGUGGCAGAUGAAGCCUUUGGUUUGAAGCCAUGGAUAAUGAGACCAUAUCCAAGAACACAACUUGACAAAAGCAAACAAAUUUUCAACUAUAGGCUCUCUCGUGCACGUCGGUGUGUUGAGAAUGUUUUUGGAGUUUUAGCCAAUAGAUUUCGAGUGUUUCGUCAGUCAAUUCCAUUGGAACCUUCCAAAGUUGUGACGAUAACUAAAGCGGCGUGUGUUCUCCACAAUUACCUGCGAACAGGAUCCCUUACCCGAUACACCUAUACCCCUCCCAGUCUGGUGGAUCAAGAAGACACAGAAACAGGUCAGAUAAUUCGUGGGGCAUGGAGGCAGGAACCAGAGUGCUUGAAUCCUAUCGCAGCCUCCUCAGACAGGAAUCCAUCGUUGCAGGCAAAACAAGUCAGAGAGGAGUUCUGCAGCUACUUCAACACAAAUGGAGCAGUAAGCUGGCAAGAUAAUGCAAUUUCUUAG